GCAAAGCCCCUCAUUUUGGCAGAAAGUACCAUGUCGACCAGCCGCAAGCUAAAGACUCAUGGCAUGAGGAGAGGCAAGAACCGCGCUCCUCACAAGGGCGUCAAGAGAGGUGGAAGUAAGAGAAAAUACCGGAAGAGCGUCCUGAAGAGUAGAAAACGGGGCGAUGAUGCAAGUCGCAACUACCGAUCCCACUUGUGAUGCGGCCAUGAGCUCUGCCCUGGUGGCCUUCAAACACAGGGCAGCAACAUGAGGACAUCAGAGGGGGACUGCCAAAGAGAUCUGAAAUUAGACCAAAAGCCAGAGAAAGAUCCUAUCAGAGUGGGUAAAUGCCAGUCGUGAUGAAAUUCGGAAUGUAUAUGUUGGCUGUUUCUCCCCAACAUCAAUAACAUUUUGAAAACAAAUAAAAUUGUGAAAAC